GUAUUAAUACGCAAUAAUUCUCUUUUAUAAAACCCAAAACAAAAAUCGCAAGUCUUUCAGUUUCACAACAAUUCUCAUCUCUUAUCUCCGAUGGACCCAAAAUCCUCCUCAACCGAAAUAUCAGUCGAGUUCCCGACGAUCUUCAGAAUCUACAAGGAUGGUCGCGUCGAAAGACUUAAAGGCACCGAAACCGUCCCGCCUUCCACCGACCCCAAAACCGGAGUCCGAUCCAAAGACAUCGUCCUGUCGCACGAAUCCGGACUCUCCGCACGCAUCUUCCUACCCAAACUCACAGACCCGACCCGGAAGCUCCCCCUCCUUGUUUUCAUCCACGGCGGCGCUUUCGUCAUCGAGUCCCCCUACUCUCCUCUCUACCACAACCACGCCGCUUUGCUAACAUCCGAAGCAAACGUCGUUGUCUUGUCUGUGAACUAUAGGCGUGCCCCCGAGCACCCACUCCCUGUUGCGUAUGAAGACUCAUGGGAAGCACUCCAAUGGGCCGCGGCCCAUUCGAAUCGUAAUGGGCCCGAGGCCUGGCUCAACGAUUAUGUUAACUUUGACCGUGUUUUCGUGGGCGGGGACAGCGCCGGGGCAACCCUUACGCACCACGUGGUACAUCGGGCCGGAGUCGAUGGCCUGAGCGGGGCAAAGAUAGUUGGCAUGAUUUUGUUUCACCCGUUUUUUGGGAACGGAAAGCUCGAUAAGCUGCUCGAGGUUAUUUUUCCAGAGUGUAAUGGGCUGGACGACCCGAGAGUGAACCCGGGGAAGGAUCCGAAAUUGGGGAAGAUUGGGUGUCGGAGGGUGUUGGUUUUUGUGGCUGAGAAGGACUUUUUGAGGGACAGGGCCUGGGCUUACUAUGAGUCAUUGAAGAAGAGUGGGUGGGGUGGGGUGGUUGAGAUUUUGGAGAGUGAAGGGGAGGACCAUGUGUUCCAUUUGUUCAACCCAAGCUGUGACAAAGCUGUGGCUUUGGUCCAAAAGGUGGUUUCUUUCAUAAAUCAGGACUAGGUUGGGCUUGUGUUACGUGAGUUUGUAAUUUCAAUGUCAUAAUAAGAUUUGUGUAAUAGAAUAUGAGCAUAUUAUAUUUGCCAAAUAUAUAUUACAUUACCGUAA